UGAUACUCUGAGGUUCUGUUUUAAUAUGUAUCAGUUUCUUCAAAAUACAGCUGGUUUGGCUGCCUAGUGGAGUUGCAAUGUGUCUACAAGGUUAAGUGUAAACUGCUGAUGAGGGACUCUUGCACUGAGCCAGACCUUGACAUGGAAAAUGGAAGACCUGCUUUUUGAAUUUUUUUUUUUGAGCUUUAUUAAACAGAUUUUUAAUUAGGAGUUUUCCUCCUCCAAAUCUCAGAUCACCUUCUUCCAUCACAUGAUCUGUGGUUAAAAUGCAGUUCAUCGGUUUGUGGCAUCCUAUCAUUGCCACGACAGCAGAUUGCCAAACAGAUUUAACGUGAAAGACCAGAGCAAAGAAGCUGAUGUGUGAGUGAGGAAGUGUUCUUGUCCAGCCUCAUCUUUAAUAACACCCCACUUAAUACUCAAAAUUCUAGUCACUGUGCUAAUUUGAAAGCAGUGGGUAUCUGCCCUCCUUUUGCCUGCUACUACAGUACUCUGCAGGAUCGCUGUGGUAGGGUGUGGAAUUUCACCAAAGUACAGUUAAAGCCUGUCUGUGCCAGGAAGAUACAGUGUUUCUUUGGUUAGUGCACCAUCAGUAGUGGAAUAAAGCCAUUUAAAUACUAGAUUGUGCUGCCUGGGGCUGGGCCAGUAACUGUAUCUGGACACUGCCUGUUGAUAGUGAGAGCCAACUAAAUGGAAAUAAAAUAGCUUUAUUUUUAAAACUAUCUUGAUAUCAAGCUGUCAGUUGUGCUUUUGAGAUUCCUGGUUUAUGUCUGAAGCAGAUCGUAGCAUGUCCUUGUUGACUUGGUGGGGAAUAUCAAUCUGACGGUGCAUUUCCAACAAUUGUCUGAAGCAAGUAGAAGUCCACGCUGCUUCCAAAAAGGGGCUCUCACUUUGGCUUUUGGUUUCUGCUUCAGCCCUUUCACCAACUUAUGCUGCUCAUGGUCUUACAUGGUCAGCAAGAUUAGGAUCUUCUGUAAAGAUCCCCUUAUCCUUGGCUUUCUUCCCUUUGGCAGGCUGAUCUUGCUGCACGCCUUCACUCUCUAGUAGUAUUUCAAAUGUUUGUGUGCCUUCCUUCUUCUUUUGAGUAUCCUUCCGCCCUGAAAAGCAAGCAUGGCUUAAACAGGUAUGACAUGGAAACAUCAUCCUGUUCAGGUACCAUAUGCUGCCUGGGUAUCAGAAGUGUAAAAUGCAGUUUAACUUAUGCUUUACAGACAAAUAGAAGACUCAUUUUAAUGUGUGUGUAUUGUAACAACAUCCAAAACGUGGAUUUCAGUGCUUGGCAUAGCUUUGUCUAGUGAAAGUAGAGAAAUCAGUAUUUGAAAUCUAAGCUGAAAUUUCUAGGUACCAUAAUUAUUUAAGCAUGAUGUUAAUACGGAAACAAUGAACAAAUUGAGAAUCAGAGUUAUAAUUUUUCAGUAUAUCUUAAAUCAAAGUGGGUCAAUUCUAGGCAGUUGUAUUUGAAACCAUUAGCUUGUCUUUCAGAGAGAGAAGUGAGUGCUCUCUGUCAUGUCCUCUGUUCAGGGCUCUUUUCAUUGUUUGUUUUGCUAGGUUUAAAUAGUGAUGAGCCGACCGGCUUUCAAAAAAAGUACUCAGAGGUUGCAAUUAGUAUACAUAAACUUAAGUUAGUUCUAGGACGUUGGAAGUCCAGGCAUCAUAGAUUACAAAACACAUUUUAACAUAAAGAGAAACUGAUUUUUACUCUAGACUCAACCGAGGACUGCGUCUGCAAUAUGUGUUUGAAACACGAGUGGAGAGCCAUGACCAGAAACUUUCUGAUAAGUGUUGAACUUGCUGUUCAGGGUGUCACCACAACUAGUGAAUGUUUUGCUUUCCGUAGAACAUUGUGUCAGAUGCGCUCAAAUUACCUCUCUUCUGAUUGUAUCUGGCUUUUGGGGUGUCAAAUGCGGUGCCUUGAAGGUCUGCUUGUUCUAGGGCCUAGAAGACAACAAAGUUAGACUACCUUAAGAGGCUCAGGAACAGCUUGGCUUUGGUGAAUAUAUUCAUAAAGCUGGGGUAACACUGUGUUCCAGUUCAGAUCAUACUACAGUCGGUUCCUGGUAAAGGCAGGCCUUUUCUUGUUAAAUAUGUAAGAGUUCAUGGAAAUACACUUUCUCCUCAGACUCUAUUGAACACUAUAACUAUCACAUAAAAAAUUUCAAUGUCGGAGUUCAAUUUUGGUCAAUAAAAAUGUAUUUGUAAAUUGAAGAAGAUAUUUAGAUCAUAAUGGGAUUAAUUAGCUUUUUCAUUUCUAUAUGAGACUCCUGAGCGUUGUGAAUCAGUAUUUAAAAUGUAGCAUAUUGCAGCUUUAAUUUUUGCGCAUAACUGCUCAAGUUCACUUUAGUAUAUGUUAUUUAUGAAUGCUAAUGACCGGUUGGCAUUGAACACGUCCUUGUCCCUGCAAUCACCAUACUUUUGUGUCUGAGCUUUAUUGUGUAUUGAACUCUGCGAUAGCAAACUUGCACUGGAGCUGCCUACCCCGACAAGUUGCAUGCUGAGAUUUUCUAUUUUGUACAUACAUUGUUUUGUAUAUACUGUAUAUGAUGACUUCGGUGGGCAGUGAACGUACCCGGGGCACUCGGGACAAAACACAAAUUUCAGCCACACAGCCAACACAACCACAGAAACAAGUAGUACAGGCAACAGCAGAACAGAUUCGCCUUGCUCAGAUGAUCUAUGAUAAGAAUGAUGCAGAUUUUGAAGAUAAAGUGAAACAACUUAUGGAAGUGACGGGGAAAAACCAGGAUGAGUGCAUAGUGGCACUACAUGACUGUAAUGGGGACGUGAACAGAGCAAUCAACAUACUGCUGGAAGGAAGUUCAGACACAACUUCUUGGGAGACUGUAGGGGGAAAGAAGAAAAACCUUGGAAAGGAAAGUUCAGAAAACAAAGAGAACAGAGAAAAACGAGGGGACAGAGAAGUGAGUCGUGGACGGGGAAGUUCCAACAGACGGGGAAGAGGAGGCAGCCGUGGCCGAGAGUUUAGAGCUGAAGAGAAUGGAGUGGACAACAAUCAAGGGGACAGGCCUUCAGACCGCGGGAAACGUGGCCGUGGGAGAGGCUUUGGACGUGGCAGAGGGAGAGGAGCGGGGAGGUUUUCAGCCCAAGGCAUGGGGACAUUUAACCCGGCAGACUAUACGGAGUCUUCUGCCACUGAUGGCUUUGGGACAAAAUCUGAGAUUUGGGAGACUGGUCAGAAUGAUGCAGAUGAUGGAACUGAGCCAACACAGAGUGGAUGUUACCUUGCUCAGGACCUGCCAAAUAAUUUUGGAUUCCAAGGAGCAUGGAAAAAUUCAAUAGAAGAAUGGACAGCAGAAGACUGGAAUGAAGAUCUUUCUGAAACGAAGGUCUUUACUGCUUCAUCUGUUCCAGCUGAGAAUCAUGUCACUUCUGGGCAAAGCAUUGAUUUGGUAACACUGCUUCAAAAGCCUGUGACUUCCACCCAAGAAACAGAAGGCAACUCAUUUGAGGCUCCCCAGCAGCAGACCUUUGGCCAAGCCCUGGUCUUCACAAAUUCUCAGCACAGCACCCAGAUGGCAUCAGGAACUGGCAGCUCCAGUGCUGUAAACUCCUAUUCUCCUCAGAGUCUGUCUGCAGUUCUCUGUUCUGGCUUUGGAGAGCUUGGAUCCUCUAAAUUGGCAAACUCUACUGGAUCCCAAAUCUUGGACCAGUUGAAAUCUCCAGGUUUGGGUCAGUUUACCUCUCAACAAAACAAUAGUAGCUCUACCACUACUACCACGACUACCACAUCAUCCUGGGAUCUAAAGCCCCCCAUUUCUCAGUCCUCAGUCCUUAGUCAGUUUGACUUUAAAUCCCAGCCUGAACCAUCUCCAGUUCUGAGCCAGCUGACUCAACGACAGCAGCAACAAGCGCAGGCAGUCCCUGUUCCUCCUCCUGGGUUGGAGUCCUUCUCCUCCCAGGUAAAGCUCCAAGAGCCGUCGCCAGUAGACACCUCUACAGCUGUUAGCAAAAUGUUGCAGCUCCCCAGCAUAUCUAUGGAUAACCAGGCAGUGACUGCCCAUCAAACCCAGCAGAAACAGAUGAAACCACAAAAGCGGAGGAUAACUCCGGCAUCCAAGAUUCCUGCCUCUGCAGUGGAGAUGCCUGGAUCAGCUGAUGUGACGGGGUUAAAUGUUCAGUUUGGAGCUCUGGAGUUUGGGUCAGAGCCUGCGCUCCCAGAGUUUGGAUCAACUUCAAGCAAUGAGAAUACUAGCCAGGCGACCAACAAUAGCUUGUACUCAAAAUCAGUAAAUGAUCCUUUGAAUACCUCUUUGCCAAUAUCCAAUACAGUACAGGAGUCCACCUACACAACCUCUGCCAUCACCUCUUCCAGUCUGACCUGCUCAUCCCAGAGCACUAGCCCAGUAACAACAACUUCCUCCUAUGACCAGAGUUCUGUGCAUAGUAGGAUAGCGUACCAAAGCUCCAUGGCUCCGUCUGAAUCAACCCCUGUUGCAGUUACGAAUGGGCACAGUGGUGGUCGAACACAGCCAACUCUUGACACUACUUCAUCAGUUCCAGCGUCUAAGACAGAGCCCUCUCCCUCAUUACCUUCUGCUGGUUCUCUGCCUAGCGUGGUGUCCACUACUGCUUCGCUUCUGCCUUCAGCAUCACAGCACUCGGCAACGUUGCCCAGCUUGCCUCAGUCCAGUGAUUUGGCCAGCAGCUCACUUUCACAGUUAAGCAGCUCCCUUUCCAAUCAUCAGAGCAGCCUCUCCCCUGCCUCAGUGUUGUCUUCAAGCACAUCACAUGCACACACUAGUGUUGAGAACACAACUUCGCUCCAGCCCUCAACAACCUUUUCAACUGCUUCAACCUCAGCCACUAGCACCACCUCUUCGGUUGUCAGCAUGGCAAGCAGUAUGAACACUACAAACAGCCUUGGCCUGAGCGUUACCAGUGUGUCUAUACCAGCUGCUACUACACGAGCAGCUCCCUUAGUGUCUUCAGGCAAAGCUCCCCCAAACCUGCCCCAAGGUGUACCACCCUUGUUGCAUAACCAGUAUAUUGUGGGACCUGGAGGACUUCUGCCUGCCUACCCACAGAUUUAUGGUUAUGAUGAUCUCCAGAUGCUUCAAUCCAGGCUGCCAAUGGAUUACUAUGGAAUUACAUUCCCUGCUCCUGCAACCUUAACAGGCAGAGAUGGGAGCCUUGCCAACAACCCAUACUCAGGUGAUGUAACGAAAUUUGGUCGUGGGGAUUCUGCCUCCCCUGCUCCUGCUACCACGCUAGCCCAGCCGCAGCAGAACCAGACGCAGACUCACCAUACAACUCAGCAGCCCUUCCUCAACCCUACCCUGCCCCCAGGGUACAGCUAUACUGGGCUACCUUAUUAUGCUGGUGUGCCAGGCGUACCCAGUGCAUUCCAGUAUGGGCCAACCAUGUUUGUACCUCCAGCGUCCGCUAAGCAGCAUGGAGUCAAUCUGAACACUGCUUCGACUCCUUUCCAGCAAGCGAGUGGCUACGGACAGCAUGGUUAUGGAGCAGGCUAUGAUGACUUAACGCAGGGAACGGCAGCUGGAGAUUACAGCAAAGGAGGCUACAGUGGGUCAUCUCAAGCACAAAACAAAUCUGCUGGCACUGGACCUGGGAAAGGUGUUUCUGUGACCUCAAGUAACACAGGUGUGCCUGAUAUCAGUGGCUCAGUCUAUAACAAGACUCAGACGUUUGACAAGCAGGGAUUCCACGCUGGCACACCGCCUCCUUUCAGCCUGCCAUCUGCUCUUGGAUCUACUGGGCCCUUGAACCCUGGUGCUGCCCCAGGUUAUGCUCCAGCCCCUUUUCUCCAUAUCCUGCCUGCACAUCAGCAGCCUCAUUCCCAGAUGCUGCAUCACCAUCUUCAGCAAGAUGGGCAGGGUGGAUCUGGUCAGCGCAAUCAACCCAGCACCAUGCAGCAAAAGUCUCAGGCUACCAAAACCGCCUAUGGCACUUCUCCAUACUGGACAAACUAAAUCCGAAACCGGGGAGGGGGGAGAGAAUGAAAGGAAA